UUUCAGAAGACAAUGCAUCGAAAAUGGAACGCGAACUUCAAGGGGAUAUAUUCAAAAGUUGGCAUGGAAACUGUUAAAUCAUGAGAACAAAUGGAAUACCAUAUGGCAACAUUAAACCAUUUCUACAGAACCUACAGGAUAAUUACGAAGGUAUAACUGAAACAAUCAGGAACAAGAUGGAGGUUAUUCUAUUCACGAAAACGUGGGAUUAUGAAGUACUAGAGUGGCAAUUCAACAAAGGUGGUACUUCCAUUGCAAAAUACUUCAUGAUAGCAUUUGGAAAAUCCCAAGAUGGAAGCAUUGAUUGUGUGUAUUCUAUCUACACAUUAGAGUUCGAACUAAAUCCAAAAGUAGUCGUGACGCAAAAAAAGCAUUCAGUAUUAUUUGGCCUCAUUUCCUGGACCACCGAAGAAACUCAAACUGAGGAGAGAAGUUUGGGACCUGAAGCCGAGGAUCAUUUUAAAAAUUUCUUCAGAGUGAAAACCCUUGAAGGACUUCGCAGUAAAGGGAUAAUUGAUUAAGGCACUUUCGGUAACUAGACGUGAUUAAAUAAGAUAUUUUUUGUAUUUUGUUUUAACAUUCAAAAUGACAAAGUAACAAUUUCUUUAAUUCAUUCCCUCAACAUAACUAGUAUGUAAAUGUAUUUGAAAUAUUUGACAUCUUGAAUUGUGUUGCGAUCAUAAUAGGGAAUGGUCUACUCUUUCAAUUAUAUUUAACAUGUCAUUGUUCAUAGACUAGAAAUAAGUGAUUUUUUCAAAUAAAAAUUGCAAAGUCUAUGUUAUGAGGCUGUGUUUU